CUCCUACCGUCACUAUCGGUGGCCCACUGAAUGUCAGUAUUAGGUUUAUAGAGAACAGGUGAGAAGUAACAGGUAAUAAGCUAAGCUGGUCGACUAUCCAACAAUCUGGACGUACAUCUAAACUCUGUCACAAAGCCAAACAAAUCCAUGUUAAAUACAUAAUCAUUGUUAAUCGUGUCUUUUUACCUUCCAUUAUUUUCUUAAGAUUAUAAUGUGAAACCAAGAGGUGUUUUUUUUUUCUAUCCAUCCAUCCAUCCUAAAGAAAACAGCCAACAAUUUUAUGUUAUCAACACCAAAAAUCCUGAGCUCCAUUGUAAAUAAAUACAAACCAAUUUCAAAAACGAAAACGAGGCUACUUAUUAAAAGAUGACUAUUUCAUUCAAUUUUAAAACGUAGAGGAGAUUUCAACUUCACCUGUUUUCCCCACUCCCACGGAUACAUUAUAAUUUCAUGACACAAACAGCAACAACAAUGUCACGCAAAAAGUUUGAAUCAAAGAUAUAAAAUAAGUCGCACCUGAGUUUGAGUCGUGCACAUUUUCAACCAAGAAUUUCGUAAUUUAUCGUAAAAGAAUACCUUUACAUUUUAAAUCUCACCUUGUUUACAUAGUUUUGUUGGUUGGUUCCGAUCGUGAAGGUUUUAUAUUGAGAGAAACUCAUAUUCUAUUUUAAUAACUGCUAUUUCUUUUAUCCUCAUUUGUAAAUCUGUCAAAGUGAAAUGUUCUUACCUCAAACCUAACAUUUGAUUUUUCUCUGAAACUGUUCUCCAGAAAAUGCAGAUAUGUCUAUAAGAAGUUACAGUGCGUUCGGAUCCAACUUUAAGAACCGGCAUAACUUUGCAAAUUCAAGUAACAGAUCAAGCUAUUCAAGCAUCCGUUCUUAUACCAAGUCGGAACAGUAUUGGUGGAAUUAUACAGACAAUGCCAAAGGUGCUAAUUUCCAAAGAGCUGUUUCGGGAGACAGACGGCCACGAUUUGAAGACGACACAUGGGACUUGGCGGAUUCUUUAGCUGACCUUUACCUUAAGGUGAAUGAAGAGAACAUUGCUACAGCAAGCAAAUUUACCGUUUGUAAAGAUCCGGUUAACGAUAUCGAUGUAAAGAAAUGGAUCGAAGAGGAUACCAGCCAUGGUUUCAUCCGAGUUUUUGUUCCAAAUGGAGAUGUCAACAGCUCCCGUCUUGUUCCGUGUAAUUUAAGUACCAACACACAGCGAAUAUGUGCCCAGUGCGGCGUUGCACAUAGUUCGCUGCAUGUUCAAUUCAAUGGAGAUAUCAUUGCAAGAAUGGAAUCCACCGAUCAUCCGUUGGCCAUUCAAAAUGAAUUUCUUGGAAACCUUGGUUACACGGAACCCAGAAAGAUUCAAGAAGAAGGAUUCAAUCCAGAUCUGUCUUAUCUCAUUAAAUUCUAUCUAGGGAAACCCGUACAGGAUAGUACUUUCACCAAAGCUCAAUUGUCUUCCGUAAUUUUAGUCAGAAAAGGAAAACUCAUCUAUCAAUGGGUGCAGCGAUUGUGUGCCAUUUCUGGCACCCGCCUUUUUAUUCACAGAGAUAAGUUUCCUUCUUCGAAGAAAUCAACAAUGCAACUGGCCAAAGGUUAUGUGGAGGAAAUGAAAUUCAAAGACCAUCCAAAUGUCCUCAAACUGACAAUUACACUACACGGUGAAAGGUCAAUCUACCUGUCUUUCAACAACACCAUCACUUAUAGCAAGUGGCUUAAACGAGUUCAAAAGGCAACAGCUAAGCUUCCAACCAAGGCAGACUUAUCCAAAUGCAAUUUAGAAUUUCUACCGGACACCAUUUUCAUUAAUGAAGAUCUGAGGACUCUAAACCUGCGACAUAACGUCUUAAGAGAACGACCUCUUGAAGAAGACAUUCACACUAUGGGUUGGUUGGAUGAUUUACCCAGGUUUCGCUAUUUGACUAGUUUGAACCUUGCAAACAACGAUUUGAAAUCAUUUCCUUCCGCAUUGUGUAGCAUGCAGAGUUUGACUGAAUUGAAUUUGGCCUCAAACAAAUUGGAAGAGAUUCCACCAUCAAUAGCUGACUUAACCAGGUUACAAGUGUUGCGACUACACAACAACCACCUUACAGCACUACCUGAAGAAAUGGGCGGUAUGAAACAGUUAUCAAUUCUAAUUCUGGCCUUCAAUUAUUUCACAACUGUACCAUCAGUGCUGUUACGUAUUCACAGCAUUUCUGACACGAUGGAGAGUAUCAUUAUGGCAGGAAACUACAUCGAACGCCUGCAGGGCAACCUUCUAAAUCAAAUGAAACUGGUGAAAAAGAUUGACUUUCGUUUCAAUAGACUAACACUGAUGCCCAGUGAAAUUGCAAAGUUCCAAUGUUUGGAAUUCAUGAGUCAUCUUGACAUCAGGGAUAACAGCAUUGAGGAUUUGGACAUACGAGCCUUGAAAGGGUUAGUGUAUAUUAACUGUGAGCGUAAUGGGAUGCGAAGCUUGCAGCUGAGUGGAGUUGCUUUGAAGUACAUGUAUGCCAAGGAUAAUGAGCUUACUAAUUUGAACAUCACGCCCAAACCGGAAUGGCUUGUGGAGAUGGACCUUUCGCACAACAAACUCCGUGACCUCCCUACCUGGAUUGCUGAGUGUUUCUUCAUGGCAAGACUGGAAGUUAGUCAUAACAUGUUACAUCGCUUGCCCAUUCUGAUAUUUACAACAGCCCAAAAGCUACAAGAUCUCCGAGCUCAUCACAACUGUAUACGCCGACUGCCAUCUACUGUUACAAACAACUCUUUGACCAUGUUACAACUUCAACACAAUUAUAUUGAAGAGUUACCUCAUGACUUUCUCGUCAACGCUAACAAACUGAAAUAUUUGAACCUGUCAAAGAAUCUACUAGUGAAUCUUCCAAGUCCAAACAGCAAUGAAUCAUUGAACAGAUUACAACAUCUCUUCCUGACAGCGAACAGACUACAUGAUGAUGUAUUCCUUGUCAUCAGUAAUUUCCCUCGACUCAAGAGACUUCACUUAGCUCAAAAUUUCCUCACAGACAUUCCUGACAGCACCCUUUCCAAGCUUGAAGCUCUUGAAGAACUGAAUAUAUCUUCAAACAAUCUGUCACAUUUCCCAUCAUCUUUAUGUAAACAUAAAAAUCUGCAGAUUUUGAGAGCAAAUUGUAAUCGAAUUCGAGAAUUACCAGCUUUCAAAGAGGCUACAGAACUGAAGGUUUUGGAAGUUGGCUUUAAUCAGCUCUUUGACAUCCCCAUGAGCAAUCUUGUAAAUUCUCAUGUUAAUCUGUUAGAUAUUUCUGGUAACCCAAACAUCACUUUCAACACAACAGCAUUGCAAGAUCUCACGCAAAGGAAACGUGUGUGCCUUGUUGAUAUGAGAGGGCCUAAUCGGCCUCAAGAGCAAACUGAAGAAACCUCAGACUCUGAGAAGCCAAACCCAUGGCAGAGUGGAUUCUCACAAACUUCUGGAAUGAGAAAUAAAUUGUGUGUAGCAAUUCUGAACAAACCAAAAUUUAACAAAAAUGGUGAAGAUGGACUUUUCGGAAUCUUUGAUGGUGGCAGAAACGAUGAAGUUGCCCGAACUUUAGCAGAGAUCAUGGCAGAGACCCUACUGGAAGAAUUAUAUAGUCCACUGCUGGUCCCAGGUGGAACAAGUUACAUGAAGUACGCUUUGCUCAGUUGUCACAGGAAACUUAAAUCCAUUGGACAGAAAAUCGGUGCCUCAGCUGCAAUCUGCCAUAUAAAAAUAUUACCAGAAUCUAAUGAAAAAAUCCCGCAGUAUUGUUUGACAGUGGCCAAUGUUGGUAUGGUACAGGUGGUCCUUUGUCGAAAUGGUCAAGCAAUGCGGCUAACUCACCAAUUUGCAGUUGAGUCUGACAGAUCUGAGUGUAUGAGAAUUCAAAAAUCUGAUGGAAUUGUUACAGAAGAUGGCCUGGUCAAUGGAAUCACACCUUGUACACGACUGAUUGGUUGCAGUUAUCUCUACCCUCAACUCAUUCCAAAGCCACACAUUCGCAGUAUAAAACUCCAACAUGAUGACCAGUUCAUCAUAAUAGCUAAUCAAGAAUUGUGGAAAUACAUCAGCAUUGAGGAAGCUGUCAGCCAGAUCUCUCCAUUCCAAGAUCCAGUAGUAAGUGCCAAAGUAUUACAAGAUCUUGCUCAAGGAUAUGGUGCCACAGAGAACCUGUGUGUUGUUGUUAUAAACUUAAAACCAUUACAGAUUUCUCCAUUUAGUCCAACUCCAUCGCAGGUAUUUAACUUCCCACAGUUAUAUAACAACAACGUUGGGGAGCUCACACCAAAGUUGUGGCAAAACAAAGCACAAAGAGAUGCACUCCCUAGCAACAAUUCUAGUGCCUUGUGUUCCAUUGCAGAAAGUGAAGAAUCAGAUGAAAGUAAAAAUUCAACAUUGGAGAGAAAGAAAAAAAAGACUGACUCAAAAGAUACUGAAAACGAGAUUUCAUUGAGCUCUCAUCCUGCAUCUCAAAUUGGCAGUGAGACAACGAGCAUUUAUGAGUGGGAAGAACUUUUACAGAGAAAACUUGCCAAAGAGGUGAAAAGCAAAGAAGUUUAUGAUGAGCUAAAAAAACUGGAAAAAGCAGCAAAGGAAGAGAUGGAGAGCAAAGAUACAGAAACUGAACCAACAUCUGAAAAUAAUAGGUCAACAGUUGUUAAAAGUAUAAAAAAAAAUGCAGAGAAUCAAGAGGAACUAGUCACUUCACAUCAAGCAGAUUCUGAAUCUGAUACAAAGAUAUCCACUGACCAAAGUGAAACGUCUACAGAAUUAAGGGAAGACUGUCUGUAUGACAUUCCACCUGGAAUUGACCGUGAUGCCAUUUUAUUUUACAAGAUGCAAAUGGCACGUUUCAAUAGUGGAAAGAGUGGAAGCUUGAGUUCUGUGCAGUCUGUGCCAAUGUAUACCUCCCUUGAAGAUAUGUUUCCACCCCACAUUCCUUCACAGAGCAUUGAGGUGCUAGUGAGAGCCAUGCCUAAUAUUACUCGAUCAAUAACCAGAGAUAAUUCUAAACCCAAGCAAAACUCUGUCUUCAGAAAGAAAGUCAGCGAAAGCAAGUACCAUGUAAAUGAAAAAGAGCAGCCAAAAACUGAUCCAACACCAAGUACAAGGACAGCAGCAAAUGCUGGAACAUCACAUCCGGUAAAUUAUAUAAAGCCAUCUAGCAAGACAAGUUCAGAGACACAUUCAAACUCUAGCAAUGAUGAAAGUAGUUCUAAAAGUACGUCAUCAACUCCUGGAACAUCACAUUCAACAAGUUACUUAAAGCCAUCUAGCAAGACAAGUUCAGAGACACAUUCAAACUCUAGCAACGAUGAAAGUAAUUCUAUGAGUACGUCAUCAAAUCCCGGAACAUCAUUUCCAGCAGGUUACGUAAAGCCAUCUAGCAAGACAAGUUCAGAGACACAUUCAAACUCUAGCAAUGAUGAAUGUAAUUCUAUAAGUACAUUAUCAGAUCCAGAAACAAACCUUACAAUAAUACAUGUAAAAUCAUCUAGCACAAGCUCAGAAUUACAUUCUAAUUCUAGCAACAACGAAAGUAAUUCUACAGACAGUAGAGACAAUGAUGGAGAUUUCACUGGAAGUAUUAUCAUAUCUUACCUUUGAUAAAAUGUCAACCAUGUUUACUCUCUACUAUACAGACUGCUGUAUACCAAAUAUGCAACAGAUGUUGAGACUGCUGGUAGGUUAAAAAGAAAUAUCAACCAACACUUCAAUUCAAUACAUUCCUUAUUGUUUCAAAUAUAUAACUAUAGGGGUGAUAAAAAAAAAUUACGAAACCCUGUCUAAAGUAAGUAUAUAUAUUAGGAGAGUCAUACUGGUUAUAGUAAGGCUUGUAAAUAUAAUCACCAGAUAUGGUUAACUGCAGUUUUUGGUGAUUAUUUUUAUAAACUUUCCUGUAAUCAGUAUAGCCUUUCCAAAAUAUAAGAAUAUUAACUUCAUUUGUAUGUGUAUGGGUGUGCACAUAGGCACGGACGUUGUUGACAUUCCAUGGCUGCACUUAUCACUGAUUUUGGACAUUAUAUCUGGUCACUCUGUGCUUUUAUAAACCUGAAAUAAAGAAUUUCUUUUACUCAUAAAACAUAGACUUUUGAUAGUAAGAGAGUCUGAACAUAUAAGCUUGCCUCAAAUAAGACCCCAUCGAACCCACGCUAGCAUGGUAAAACAGAUAUGAAACGAAUGGAUUAGUGAACAUGUAUGUAUUUUUAUACAUACACAAAUAUAAUUUUAGUUUUAAAUUUUGCAAAUUGGCCGAAAAUGUACGAAAGCCUUUUUUGUAUAUGGAAGAAUGUGUAAACCUGAUUUAGAUACAAGCUAAGACUAGAGUAUGUUGAUGGGAAUGAAACAAUGCACCUGUGAUUGUCCAUUGCUUCAAAGUGUCUUUUCCCUGUCAUGAUAAGCGUCAACAAUUGAGAAUUUAUUCCCAAUUACUCAAAGUUGUCUCCUCUUUACCUUCAGAACACACACACAUACAUCUUUUGUCUUGAUGUUUUUUAUGUCAAAUCAUCGUUAUUAUACAAUGAUGAUAUAUACGAACUAGCGACUUGGUUGUUAUAAUCACAACAGUAAAACUGUUAUACCCUUUGACCUUCUACAGAUUCCUAUAACAUUCAAUAACAUUUAAGCAAGAGUUAAAGACAGGAAAGUAAUGCUAAAUUUCGCAAAUCUGUAGCACUCCCAGAAAUGUAAUCAAACAAUUGUCCCACUAUAAUCCAGCACCUAUGUUCUUUACAAGUUGAACUGACCUUAAACAACUAAACUUUGUUAGUUGCUCGGCCAAAUGUAACCACCACGCAUUAUCAUGUAUCGAUACAUCAUUGUCAACAACUUUCUUCUCAACUUUUGUAAUACAUCAAAUAAAUUUGGUUAUAUAUAUAUAUAAAUUAUUUAAUCAAUUAAA